AUGCGUUUGUCGGUCGCUGCCGCCAUUUCCCACGGCCGCGUGUUUCGCCGCCUGGGCCUUGGUCCAGAGUCACGUAUUCACCUAUUACGGAACUUACUUACGGGACUCGUGCGACACGAACGCAUCGAGGCGCCAUGGGCGCGCGUGGACGAGAUGAGAGGCUACGCCGAGAGGCUUAUAGACUAUGGGAAGCUGGGAGACACUAACGAACGAGCCAUGCGUAUGGCUGACUUCUGGCUGACGGAGAAGGAUUUGAUUCCAAAGCUGUUUAAAGUGCUAGCCCCUCGAUUCCAAGGUCAUAAUGGAGGCUACACAAGAAUGGUGCAGAUCCCAAAUAGAAAUGAACAGGAUCGGGCCAAGAUGGCAGUGAUCGAAUACAAAGGAAACUGCCUCCCACCCCUGCCACUGCCUCGCAGAGACAGCAACCUCACACUCCUAAACCAGCUGCUGCGGGGGCUUCAGCAAGACCUCGCUCAGAAAGAGAAAGCCAGCAUUCACAGCUCCUCCACACCUGAAACACCACGAAUGUAA